AUGGAUACGUGGACUGCAGAUAUUUGGAACGACAAUGAAGACAAAUGCAAGAAAACUCUGAAUGAACCUGGAAAUUGGGAGAAGGUACCUUUAUUAUUUGAUGAUAAAAUAACUCUUGGAAGUUUUGUACGGUUUAAAGGAAUGAUACAAGAUAUGUUAAAUCCAGAAUAUUAUAGUAGCAGUUUUACAAUUAUUAAUUCUGAGAAUGAAGAACUUGCUUCACGUCGAGCAAAAUAUCAUAGCAGCACUAAAAAUGUUCAACCCGGAGAAGAAAUUGUAUUUGGAAAAACAUUGAUGGAACGACAAAUUAUUGCCUGUAUUCCAAUUCCAGGAUUGAAUGAAUGGGCCAAAGAUGUAGCUAAUAUAAGCCAGAAUGUGGAGGCUCAAUUAGAAGAUAAUAUGAAUAAACGAAUUCGUCUUGAUCCAGCAUGUCAAAAGUACUCAAAAGAAAUAUUUAUUUUCGUAUAUCCUGAAGAUGUUGAUACUAAUGAACUUAAGGUCAAUCAAAUUGUAGAAGUUGUAGGAUUUCUUGAUCGACGUACAAUUCAAGAGGACAAUGAAAAUGUACAAGAACAAUCUUCAAUAGCUAAAGAAACGCAUUGUAUACAUGCCGUUCAAUUGAAAUUACUAAAAACUUUAAUUUCAGAUAUUGAAGAAACAAAUAAUUCAAUCUGGAAUGAAGCUUCAAAUAUUCACGCAGAGUUAAAAUUAGUAUUAACUCAAGCAUUAUUAGGAGAUUCUUUAGUGGCUGAUUAUUUACUAUUUUACCUUGUAUCUACCACCUAUAAUAGACAACACAAUUUAGUUCCUGGAAAACUCUCAUUAAAUAUUCGUGGGAUACCUGAAAGUAUUGGAAAAAACUACACAAAACUUUUAUAUUCACUGAUAUCUUAUUUGGUUGUUAAAAGUGAGUAUUUACCAAUUCAAAUACACACUUUGAACAACAUGAAUAUGAUUCCAAGAAAAUGUUAUAAUUCCAAUAGACUGUUGAAUGGAUUCUUACAGUUAUCAGAUAGGACACAUUUGGUUUUAGAUGAAACAGAAUUACAGCCAGGAAACUUGGAUAAUAAAGGAAUGCUGAAUUUGGAAGCUCUAAAAAAUAUAAUUUCUAACCAACAAAUGAAAUAUGAUUUCACUUAUUAUGGGAUGGACUAUGAAACCCAAAUACCAGUAUUAACAUUAUCAAUUGGAAAAUCUAUUCUACCUUAUGAUAUUGAUAUUGUAUUGAAACCAGAUCCAUCUUGUUCUGACAUUGAAGAGACAAUGAAGUCAGUAAAUGACUACUUAAAAAGUCAGUUACAUCUUUUGGAUAAAUUAAGAAAAUAUAUAGCAAUAAUAUCAACAUUUCCUUUUAACUAUGAUGAAGAUAUUUUAAAAGUUAUUGAAAAUGAUUAUGUAGAGAUGCGAAAAGCUGAUCCCAAAAAUGUUUCUGGCGAUGACUUGCAUCGUUUUAUGAUGAUUUCGAGAUUAAUUGCUUUGUGUUCUGGAAAAAAUGAAUUUAAUAAAGAAAUUUGGGAAAGUGGAAAAUCAUUAGAAAAUCAGCGUAAUUUAAGAAAUAAGUAAAUUAUAUAUUGGAUGUACUAAAUAACAGUAAUUUUUAUGAUUAAUAUUACUCAGGUCACCAAAAACAACUAAUAAACAUUUUUAAAUA